AUGACAACCGAUGGACAAAAGCCGUUAGUGACUGGAUUCCUCGGGAUGUCAAAUGUACUACAGGAAGACCGCGGACGCGAUGGUCAAGAGUUCUUCACAAAGAGCCUUGAAGAAGAAUAUGAUGCUCGACGAGUCCCUAGAGCGAGCAAAACCCACUGGGCUACUCUUGCACGCGACGAGAAAAAAUGGAAGAUUUACUGGCACCCGCUCGAGUCACUGGACGAUUAA